AGUAUUUUUUUUUCCCCCCUUCUCCAAAUCUGUUGCACUGCGAAACAUGGAUUUCACCGAUCAGAAAGGUAGGACCAAGCAAAUUGUCAACAGUCCCGAGGUUGUUACCCCGGCGCAGACGAUGGUUAGAGCAGAAGGUGUUGGUGUAACCAGAAGUAAUGUUGCCACCGAAUCGCAUCCACCCUCAGAAGCACAGCAGUCCCCAAUGUCCAAGCCCCCGACCACAGAGGAGAAAGGCCUCGCUCUCAAAGAAGCCAAAUGUAUUGACUUUGAGGCAGGCAAAGCUGGGAUCUGUAGGAAUGUCUCUGCACAGCCCAAUUCCGCCGUGCGCCAGGAUUCUAUAGAGAUUUUGCCUCACAAGGAUACUUCGGCUGAGAGCAAUGAUCACGCCAACGCGGUUUAUUGCAAAGUGAUGUCCCCCUCCGGCGCAGAGGCGGACUCAAAUCAGGACUUUGGGAAAAGCACAGCCGAGCAAAACAACGCUAAAAGCAGCUGGAUCACAAAAAGCCAGAGCAGUGUCGUACUGGGAACAGAUGGCAAUGCUGCUGUACUGCCUGUCGGGGCCAGUGGGGAAGAUCAAGGAGAUGAGAAUAAGGCCAGAGGAAACUGGUCGAGGAAGAUGGACUUUAUUUUGUCCAUGGUGGGUUAUGCAGUGGGACUGGGGAAUGUUUGGAGGUUUCCAUACUUGGCAUUUCAGAACGGUGGAGGUGCCUUUUUGAUCCCCUACCUGAUGAUGUUGGCUCUUGCCGGAGUCCCAAUAUUUUUGCUUGAAACAGCUCUUGGUCAAUUUGCCAGCCAGGGACCAAUAUCAGUGUGGAAAGCUAUCCCAGCCCUGCAAGGAUGUGGCAUUGCCAUGUUAAUCAUCUCGGUCCUGAUUGCUGUUUACUACAACAUCAUAAUCUGCUACACUCUUUUCUACCUUUUUGCUUCCUGUGUGUCCACACUUCCCUGGUCUUCGUGUGGAAACCCCUGGAACACUCCAGAUUGCAGAGACAAGUACAUGCUUGCAAAGGAAUCUUGCAUAAUUGGAGAGACUAACCAUCAUUUGCAGAUUAAAAACUCAACGUUUUGUGUGUCUUCCUUUCCUAACCUUACCAUGGUCAAUUACACCAAGCCCGUAAACAAAACCCUCGUCAGUGGCAGUGAAGAAUAUUUCAAAUACCAUGUGUUGAAGAUUUCUGCAGGGAUUGAACAUCCAGGGGAAAUCAGGUGGCAGUUGGCGUUCACUCUGUUACUGGCCUGGAUAAUUGUUUACUUAUGUCUGGCCAAAGGAAUCAAAUCAUCGGGGAAAGUUGUCUACUUUACAGCCACUUUUCCUUACGUUGUCCUGGUCAUUCUCCUGAUCCGAGGGGUCACUCUGCCAGGAGCUGGAGAUGGGAUGUGGUACUUCAUUACGCCAAACUGGGAAAAGCUUAAGGAUGCCAAGGUGUGGAAGGACGCUGCAACUCAGAUUUUCUUUUCGCUGUCGGCAGCCUGGGGAGGAUUGAUAACACUCUCCUCAUACAACAAAUUCCACAAUAAUAUAUACAGGGACACGCUAAUUGUGUCAUGCGCUAACAGUGCCACCAGCAUCUUCGCAGGCUUCGUCAUCUUCUCUGUCAUCGGAUUCAUGGCGAAGGAACUCAAAGUUCCCAUCACUGAGGUUGCGGAUGAAGGUCCUGGCAUUGCAUUUGUGGUGUAUCCUGAAGCAUUGACUAGGCUUCCUUUAUCUCCAUUUUGGGCUAUAAUUUUCUUCCUGAUGCUACUAACCCUGGGAUUAGACACAAUGUUUGCAACCAUUGAGACUAUAGUGACUUCUGUAGUGGAUGAAUUCCCUGGCUACCUGCGUGCAAAGAAACCACUGUUCACAUUAGGCUGCUGUGUGUUUUUCUUCUUCCUGGGAAUUCCUAUGGUAACCAGGAGUGGGAUUUACACGUUGCAGCUUGUGGACACAUAUGCUGCCUCCUAUUCUCUUGUCAUCAUAGCGAUAUUUGAGCUAGUUGGAAUUUCAUACCUAUAUGGAUUGAAACGGUUUUGUGAAGAUAUUGAGAUGAUGAUUGGGUUUCAACCCAGCUAUUUCUGGAGAGUUUGCUGGGCAUUUGUCACCCCUACAAUUCUCACAUUCAUCCUCUGCUUUAGUUUUUACCAAUGGGAACCCUUGACCUAUGAGAAUUACCGGUACCCCACUUGGUCCAUGGUGCUCGGAUGGUUAAUGCUGGCUUGCUCUGUCAUAUGGAUUCCUAUUAUGUUCGUGGUUAAGAUGCAUUUGGCACCUGGCAGUUUUAUAGAGAGGCUGAAACUCGUGUGCACACCUCAGCCCGACUGGGGACCUUUUUUAUCUCAGCACCGUGGAGAGCGCUACAAAAACAUGACAGACCCACUCGGGACCUCCUCCCUCGGACUGAAACUGCCACCCAAAGACAUGGAACUGGGAACUCAAUUCUAGUUUUACUUGUUUCUUUUUACCUAACACAUAUGGACUUAGCGUUUAUCCAUCAUCCGUUAUUACACUCCUCGUGUUCUAUACAUGUUUGAUUUGCAUGUCCUUCCCACAUUAUCAUCUCGCUCUCUGAUUUUGAUCUCGUUUUGAUACUUUGUUUUCCCAUUUCAUCUUCCCCAUCACGCUCAUCGAUUCUCUAUCUGCCAAUGCUUUUUUUUUCUUUUUCGCAGGUAUUGACUCGUUUUUUUUUCU